AUGAAGUACGGGGAAACUUUCCAACAGAGAUCAAUUCCACUCUGGGAAAACUAUAACGUCGAUUACAACGAUAUCAAGCACCUAAUAAAGGUUCGCACAACACAAGGACAAGGUCAAGCAAAGGCUAUACCAGGUAGCGAUAGUGAAACAAAAGCUUUCCAUGCUUUCGAGGAUGAAUUGUAUCGCGAAUUGCGUGACCAGCACCAAAGAAUCGAUCUCUUUGUCCAGAGUAAGGCUGGCGAGGUAGGAAGAAAGCUUGCUCAUUUGGAUAAGCAAAUUGCACAAUUGGAAAUUCGAAGCUUCCCCACAAGCCGUGGGAAACUACCCAUCAAGCGGUUGGAGAAAUUUUCCAGGCUGGAGGAGGCUGUUCUUAAAGCCGGAGAAGAAAUACAAUCCCUUUCACGUUUUGUUGGAGCACAACGUUUGGCUUUUCAGAAGCUGCUGAAAAAGUAUAGAAAGUGGACUGGCUCUUCUGAACUAGGCAAUCGCUUCCGCAAAGAAGUACUCGACCGUCGAACAAGUUUCUCGAAGACAGACUUUGAACCUUUACUCGCGCAAUGGACACAAGUCUUGGCGUCUGUCCGGGCACCUUUCGUUGAUGGCAUCAGUUGGCAAUCCGAUCCUACGGAACCCAAGAAAGAGGAGUUCCAAUCGCAUAGACCAGUGCCGCAUAAGUCUCCAAGCAAUUCUGCGCAGAAUCAGGCCGCAAAAAGCCAGCAUGUGAGCAAGGACCUAAGCAGUGCAGCAGAUCUACAGACAGCCUGGGAGAAUGGUUCAAAUCUUGAAAUAGACACCGCCCUCGCUACAAUACCAUUUGGUCAUAGGGCAGCCAAGGCGGCGUACUGGAUCCACCCAGAUAACAUAGUACAGAUCCACGUGCUGCUACUCCAGUACACCAGACUGCAGAAAUCGAAUGAGACGUUUUCAUCUCCAGAAAGUCCAUCUUCCCCCCGAGGGUCCAUAAGUGGCCAUCCGGCUAGGGGUUCUUCUCGAACCGACGAAGAGCUGGGUGUCAUCAUAUGCGAUGACCUCCAACGUUUUGCCCAAAGGCAGAGUAGCGAGACCAUAAGCGACUCUGAAAACCGCGCAGGCUUCGCUCCCGAGAAAGCUGCCGCGAGUAUCAGGUAUUCCUCAAAUGGUGACGCUGUCGUCGUCGUGGGCGCAGGCACCAAUGAUGCUAGCAAAUCUACGUGCUCGAACAGGGAGUUCGCCACGAGGAAAGCUAGGUUCAAGCGCAAAGCCAUACAGCGGCUGUUCAGCACUUCCAGUGGAGAAGAAGGUACCAUAGCAGACGGCUCAAAGGAUUCCGAACAAGUCAGUGAAUGGUUCGUCGGGCACAAUGAGGUUCAGCCCUUAGUGCAACUACGAUUAAGGCGCACCCGGUUCGUUGGUCUCAAGAACAGCGCGACAAAUGGACUUUGGGCUACACUUGACAAAAAUAUCUCAAUGUGGAGCUGUCCUCCAGAUCUCCUUGCUAGUGACAAAGGCUUCAACACCAUUGACGAUGGAGGGGAGAAGGACUCCGAAAUCUUCCCACAUGCAGUCCUUGAGAUCAGGACCGAAGGACCAGCUGAUACCAAUGUGAUAGCUGCUUUAGACGCGUCGUAUUUGACAGAAAGGGUUCGAGGCUUUUCUCUCGAAACACACGCUGUGGCUACCCUGUGCAAGCCUCAAGGAAUGCCACGUCCAUUUUGGCUCCCAGCCUUAAAGCAAGAUAUACGCAAGGUCCCAGCAACAUCGAAAUUGCCAAAAGCGCGCAAAUCGCAAGGCCGUUCUAGUCCUGAAGAGUCAAGCACUCGGCAUACAUCCGUCUCAGCGUCAUCGACGAAGAACGGCAUAUCAAGCGGCGGUUUCUCGGCGCUGCGCGGAGAGUCCUCUGCAACGUCGGCGCCAGACACUCUUGCCACUCCGCCUCUCGACGCCUCUAAGAAGAUAAAGAGACGGCGGUCAAAUCGCAAGCAAAUGCCCCAAAAACGAUUGCGAGAGCCAGCUCAGCCUAGAUAUGAGCGCUACUGGAACGAAUUCGACGACGGCAGCGACGGUUCUCAAGAUGGAGCGUACACCAUUUUCGUCGAUCCUAAUGCUUCAUACAGCAUCCCUGGUGCAGCGGCAGUGUUCAGACUGUGCGGGUCAAUUUCCUCAAGCAUCAAGGCCUCCGAAGAGACAAUACUGCAUUGGUUCAGAUCGUUUCAAAAGACCAGGCAUGGCGAGCAGCGGCUUCUCGUCAACGGCGAGUGCUCUCCCAGCACUGCAGACUCUGACCAAUCCGACGCAGACUCCUCAACCAGACACGUGAAAUCAUCUCCACAUCGUCGCUAUUCCACCUUUCCCGUGCUCUCGCAACCUCCCGCUGCCCGCGCCCGCGAGGCCCUUCUCUUCCGCUCUUGUAUCGCCUCAUUUGCUUCAUCGAUUAUCCUUCUGGUCGUGGCCGCCUGCUUAGUUACCACAGGACGCAGGAAAGCUGCUAAUACCGUCGAUGCAGGUGUCAUCAUUGGCGUAGUCUCGAGCCUGGUAUUUGCCGUUAUGGGGGCGGGAAGUAUGGUAAGGAGAAAGGAUGAUGUUGGAUGGAUGCACAGAGCUGCCGUGUUCUUGGUCUUUGUAUGCGUUGUCCUUGCGAGUAGCAUUUUGCUUGCUGCGCUGCGUCUCUCCUGA